GCUGCGGGGCGGGGGGAAGGCAGCACUCGCUGUCUGCGCUGCCGAGCCCGUUGUCUCUCAGCCCUCCAGCCUCCGCCAGCCCUCGCCAUGAGCACCACUGUCCGGCAAUUCUCCUCCUCCACCUCCCUCAAGGGCUUUGGCAGCCUGGGGGGGGGCUCCAGCAGGCUCUCCUCCGUGCGCCUUGGGGGAGCGGGCUACAGGGCCCCCAGCGUCCACGGGGGCUCUGGCAGCUACUCUGUCUCCUCCCGCGUCGUCUCGGGGCUCGGAAGUGGCUACGGGGGCAACUACUGCAGCAGCGUAGGAGGGGGCUUUGGGGGCAGCUAUGGGGCUAGCUAUGGGGCUAGCUAUGGGGCUGGCUUUGGGGGUAACUUUGGAGCCUGCUUUGGAGGGGGCGAUGGUGUCUUCCUGGCUGGAGAAAAGGAGACGAUGCAGAACCUCAACGACCGCCUGGCUGCCUACCUGGACAAAGUGCGUGCCCUGGAGGAGGCCAACACCGACCUGGAGGUGAAGAUCAGGGAAUGGUACAAGAAGCAGGGACCUGGGCCAGAGCGUGACUACAGCCCCUACUACAGGACCAUCGAGGAGCUCAGGAACAAGAUUCUUUCUGCAACGGUGGAAAAUGCCAACAUCGUGUUGCAGAUCGACAAUGCCCGGCUGGCGGCCGACGACUUCAGAACCAAGUUUGAGACGGAGCAGGCUCUUCGCAUGAGCGUGGAGGCCGACAUCAACGGCCUGCGCAGGGUCCUGGACGAGCUGACCCUGGCCAGAGCCGACCUGGAGAUGCAGAUCGAGAACCUGAAGGAGGAGCUGGCUUAUCUGAAGAAGAACCACGAGGAGGAAAUGAACGCCCUGCGCGGGCAGGUGGGUGGAGAGAUCAGCGUGGAGAUGGACGCGGCUCCUGGCAUCGACCUCACCAAGAUCCUGGCAGAGAUGAGGGAGCAGUACGAGAGCCUGGCGGAGAAGAACCGCCGGGACGCUGAGCAGUGGUUCUUCAGCAAGACGGAAGAGCUGAACCGGGAGGUGGCCAUCAACACGGAGCAGCUUCAGAGCGGCAAGUCGGAGAUCACGGAGCUACGGCGCACCAUCCAGAGCCUGGAGAUCGACCUGCAGUCCCAGCUCAGCACGAAAGCAGCCUUGGAGGGCUCCUUGGCCGACACGGAAGCCCGCUACGGCACCCAGCUGGCCCAGCUGCAGGGGCUGAUCACCAGCGUGGAGGAGCAGCUGGCCGAGCUGCGCUGCGACAUGGAGCGCCAGAACCACGAGUACAGGGUCCUCCUGGACGUCAAGUGCCGCCUGGAGCAGGAGAUCUCCACGUACCGCCGGCUGCUGGAGGGCGAGGACGCCCACAUCUCUUCCCAGUACUCCUCUGCGAUGUCCUCACACUCGGGCAGGGAUGUCAUGACAACCUCCCGCCAGGUCCGCACCAUCGUGGAGGAGGUGCAGGACGGGAAGGUGGUCUCCUCCCGGGAGCAGGUUGCCCUCACCACUCGUUAGGAGGGCUACCAGCUCUGUGGACCCUCGAGCCCAGACUCCAGAGAGCGGAACCACUGCCUGAGGCGGGAUGCGAUAGGGCUGUGUCUCAGAGCCAUCAACUUCUCUCCCCUGCUCCUCCUCCCUCUCUUACCCUGAUUCCACACGGGUGCCGUCGUGCACUCUGUACACAUUUAAUAAAGCUUUUUUUCUCUCGUUCGUGCAA